CCUUGAAUUUCCUACAUCUAUAUCUAGAGACCACAACUGCGCAAGACCAGCUCUCCCUGGCUUGGAUGUUCCUUCCUCUCCAGAAGUUUAUCUGCAUCCCAUGAUGCCUUUCCACUCCCAAAAUCAAUUGGUGCCACCCCAAAUCCAUUUUAACCUGGGAGCUACAGAGGGGUUGGCAGUGGGUGUCGAUACAAUGGUGGCGAGAGCAGCUUUAUCUCGAGGCAAUCUGGGCUCCCGCACCCCCGAGUGCCUGUGACUUCACUGCACGGCUCCAUCCACUGGUUUCUGAGCGUGUUUGGAGAGCUCAGGCUCUCUCCGAGUGGUGGGACCAUGCUGGAGGAUGAGGAUGGGAUGAGUGAGAGGGGCCUCAGCAGCUCGAGGAGGAGAUACGACGAUGAGGAAGAUUACCACUCCAUCUACAUCGGGGUGCCAGUGCCCCGGGGCUACCGGAGGAAACGGCGCCGGAGAAGAUCAGCUUCCAGCCGGGAUAGGACGAGUGAGAGUGAGCGGCACUACGAGCGCCAGGAUCACUCCGACACCGACGACGGCGGCCACGGCUGCUAUGAGAGUGGCAAUGACAAUGCCAGCAGGACCAUGUCUCCGGCUGCCGAGCGCCUCCGUUACAUCCUGGGGGAAGAUGAUGAACCUCCCAACCCCACGCUCUUCACAGAGAUGGACACCCUGCAGCACGACGGUGAGGAGAUGGAGUGGAAAGAGUCGGCCAGGUGGAUAAAGUUUGAAGAGAAGGUGGAGGAAGGUGGGGAGAGGUGGAGCAAGCCCCACGUGUCCACGUUGUCCUUGCACAGCCUGUUUGAGCUGCGGACGUGCCUACAGACAGGAACGGUGCUCCUGGACUUAGAUGGCUACUCUUUGCCCCAAAUCAUAGACGAUGUCAUUGAGAAGCAGAUCGAGGAUGGUCUGCUCAAGCCAGAGCUGCGGGAUAAGAUAAGCUAUGUGCUCCUCAGGAAGCACCGUCACCAAACCAAGAAGCCAAUCCACCGGUCCUUGGCCGACAUUGGAAAGUCCGUCUCCUCCAACACAACCCGCAGCCCCGUCCGGAGCCCGGCCGCCGGUGCCGCCUUCCACCGCUCCACCGAGGACCUGCGGAUGCGGCAGAGCGCGAGCUACGGCCGCCUGCGUCACGCACAGAGUCGGAGCAUGAACGACAUCUCGGACACACCGAGCACCGACCAGCUGAAGAACAAGUUCAUGAAGAAGAUCCCCAAGGACGCAGAGGCAUCCAAUGUGCUGGUGGGAGAAGUGGAGUUCCUGGAGAAGCCCUUUGUGGCUUUUGUGCGGCUCCUCCAAGCGACGAUGCUGGGAGGGGUGACAGAGGUGCCAGUCCCCACCAGGUUCCUUUUCAUCCUCCUUGGUCCUGCGGGAAAAGCCAAAUCCUACAAUGAGAUAGGCAGAGCCAUUGCGACUCUCAUGGUGGAUGAUCUCUUCAGCGACGUUGCCUACAAAGCCCGGGAUAGAGAAGACCUGAUUGCUGGCAUCGAUGAGUUUCUGGAUGAAGUCAUUGUCCUGCCGCCCGGAGAGUGGGACCCCAACAUUCGGAUCGAGCCACCCAAAAAAGUGCCCUCAGCUGAGAAGAGGAAAUCAGUUUUCUCCCUGAAUGAAGUGGGGCAGAUGAAUGGCACUGCUGGUGGGGCAGGCGCUGGGGCCAGUGGAGGAGGCAGCGAUGAUGGGGAGAUGCCUGAAGUUCAUGAAAUCGGGGAAGAACUUGCAUGGACCGGCAGGUUUUGUGGUGGCCUCUAUCUGGAUAUCAAGAGGAAGCUGCCCUGGUUCCCAAGCGACUUCUAUGAAGGCUUUCAUAUCCAGUCCAUCUCUGCCAUCUUGUUCAUCUACCUGGGCUGCAUCACCAACGCCAUCACCUUCGGAGGCUUGCUUGGGGAUGCUACAGACAACUACCAGGGUGUCAUGGAGAGCUUCCUCGGCACGGCGAUGGCAGGCUCCAUGUUCUGCCUCUUUGCUGGGCAGCCGCUCAUCAUCCUCAGCAGCACCGGCCCCAUCCUCAUCUUCGAGAAGCUGCUCUUUGACUUCAGCAAAGGCAACGGCAUUGACUACAUGGAGUUUCGCCUCUGGAUUGGCCUCCACUCUGCCCUCCAGUGCCUUAUACUGGUGGCCACCGAUGCCAGCUUCAUUAUAAAGUACAUCACCCGCUUCACAGAGGAAGGCUUCUCCACCCUCAUCAGCUUCAUCUUCAUCUAUGAUGCCAUCAAGAAGAUGAUCGGAGCCUUUAAGUACUAUCCCAUCAAUUCGGACUUCAAACCGGACUACGUGACCAUGUACAAGUGCGAGUGCAUUGCUCCUGACCCAGCCAAUGCGACCUUGUUCGAUGCUUCAGCUCCAGUGGCACCAAACACCACUAAUGUUUCUCUGUACAAUGCUAUUAACCUCACAGCUCUGGACUGGACUCAGCUCAGUAAGAAGGAAUGUCUCAAAUACGGUGGCAGCUUAGUAGGGAAAUCCUGUAAGUUCGUGCCUGACCUGGCCCUGAUGUCCUUCAUCCUCUUCUUUGGGACCUAUUCCAUGACCUUGACCCUGAAGAAAUUCAAGUUCAGCCGCUAUUUCCCCACCAAGGUCAGGGCUUUCAUUGCUGAUUUUUCCAAUGUCUUCUCCAUCCUGAUCUUCUGCGCUGUGGAUGCCUGUUUCGGACUGGACACCCCUAAGCUCCACAUCCCCAGUAUCAUCAAGCCCACCCGUGUGGACCGAGGGUGGUUUGUGUUUCCCUUUGGGAAGAACCCGUGGUGGGUUUACCUGGCGAGUGCCCUGCCUGCCCUCCUCGUCACCAUCCUCAUCUUCAUGGACCAGCAGAUCACAGCCGUCAUCGUCAACAGGAAGGAGCACAAGCUGCGGAAAGCCGCGGGCUACCACCUGGACCUGUUCUGGGUGGGCAUCCUCAUGGCCGUGUGCUCCUUCAUGGGGCUGCCCUGGUACGUGGCGGCCACCGUCAUCUCCAUCGCCCACAUCGACAGCCUGAAGAUGGAGACAGAGACCAGCGCCCCGGGGGAGCAGCCCCAGUUCCUGGGUGUCAGGGAGCAGAGAGUGACGGGCAUCAUCGUCUUUGUGCUGACGGGGAUUUCUGUCUUCCUGGCCCCCAUCCUGAAGUACAUCCCCAUGCCGGUGCUGUACGGAGUCUUCCUCUACAUGGGCGUUGCAUCACUCAAUGGCAUCCAGUUUUGGGACCGCUGCAAGCUCUUCCUCAUGCCGGCCAAGCACCAGCCCGACUACGUCUUCCUCCGGCACGUGCCGUUGCGUCGCAUCCACCUCUUCACGCUGGUGCAGAUCAUCUGCCUGGCUGUCCUCUGGAUCCUCAAAUCCACCGUGGCUGCCAUCAUCUUCCCCGUCAUGAUUUUAGCCCUGAUCCUGGUGAGGCGGCUGCUGGAUUUUGUCUUCUCCCAACACGACCUGGCCUGGAUUGACAACAUCAUCCCCGAGAAGGAGAAGAAGAAAGAGGAUGACAAGAAGAAGAAGAAGAAAGGCAACAAAGGAGACAGCAGCAGCGAUGAGGAGGAAAGAGGUCCUCCACCUGGAGCUUUGCGUUCUGAUUCCUCCCCGAAUGGUUCAGACCUGGAUCGCAGUAUUACACUUCACCUGAAGAUUUCAUGCCCAUCAUCUCCUGCCUUUAACUACUCCCGAAGCCCCAUCUGCACCGUGCCCCAGGUGAAGAUAGAGAUGGAGUCAGACUAUGAGGACACUGACACUGAGAAACAGCCUCGGGACAUGGGCAGUGAGACCACGCUAUAACCCCACGCUGCACUCCUGCUGCCAUUUAUAUAUAUAUAUAGAUAUUUCUAUAUUCAUAUAUAUAUAUAAAGCAAAUUGGGCUUAUUUUUCUAUGUGAGAAGGAGACCGGUGGCCCCAGGGGUCUGUUGCUCUGGUAGUUUUUAGUGUCAUGGGUUAAAUGUGUUGUGGAAUUUCCUCUCUUUCUGCUGGGCAAAGGCAUCCCCACUGGUGGUGAAAUGGGGCUGAAAAGGUGAAAUGAGAGAUUUUUGCCUCUACUCACUCCAGAGCUGGAAAAGCUGAUGAUGACUGGGACUGUGGGAGCAUGUAUGGGGAAGGGGUGAUGGCUUUCAAGGGGGUAUGGUGUGGGGAGGAAGAAGGAGCAUGCAUCCCUGCUUCCCAAUCCCUGAAAUCACAACACGGCUCUUGGGGAGUCUUGUUCCGUGAAGGAGAUGGUGCAUCAGGCUUUGUGUGGGCAGGAGGCCAUCGGUCCAGGCCGUGGCAAUGGGAAUCCCUUCCUGUGGUACAGCAUUCCCAAUGUGGUAACAGGGAUGCGGGAAGGAUGCAGAUGUGCUCGUGCCAGGGUGGAUGGGGGUGAGGAGGCCUGGCAGGGUCAGAAAGGAGCUUUGGCCUGGUAAGGAAAGGAGGAAAAGCAGCUCAGGUUUAAGGUUGUUGCUGCUUGAAGGCAACACCAGUGGGGCUACGGAGGGAGAGCAGGGCAGGGAAUGGGGCUUUGCUUGCUGCAGGGAAUCAGAAAUGGUUUCUGCAGGCAGUGGGGCAUGGUUUCUACUGGAAAAUGGGAAUGGUGGCUGCAGUGAAGCUGUUUGGUCGCCCAUCCCCGUGUCCUCACUGCAGCAGUCCCUGGCCCUGGGGUUGGUAUCGGCUCUAUCUCUUCCUCUGAUGGCCAGGAGCAAGACAUGUCCAAGCUGCUAUCCCACUGGAGACGCAUUCCUCCUCCCCCUGCUUUCAGGUCACAUCCAGCAGCUUCCUGGUCAGUCUCCAUUGGCAUUUUGGCUCCACAAAGGGCUCUUCCCACCCGCUGCUGCCUUUGAGUCCUCUGGGAAAGGAAGGGAAGGAGUAGGUCAGGAGCUGGCACAGGCACCAAGCUCAGGUUGGCGCUGCCCAACUCUCUCCCCCUUUACCCAGCAGCACCAGGGUGGUGACAAGGCUCUUAAAGGGUGUUUUUCCUUCCAUGGGCUAAGCCAGAACCACUCGUCUAAAGAACCCUCAAAUCCAUUUCCUUUACUCACGGAGUCUUUAUUUUGCCUCUAUUUCAAACCUCACAGAGCCCUAACACCUCCCCUGAGCAGAAACAGCCUCCCUGCUAUUUAUACCGGUCAUACAGGGGGGCUGGGACCCCAGUUAAAUAUCUCAACUGGUCUGAACCUCGGGCAGAUCCUGGUUCUCUGUAAAUAGUUGAGUCCAACAACGACUUGAAGGCAAUUUCCUAUUUAUAGCCCUUUUUGUUCUGGUUCAGGUACACCUCCUGGCGAGAUGUGGCAAGAUAAAUAACUCAGUAUUACUCCUGGCACUGCUUAAAGCAAGAGCCACGUAGCGCUGACGUUAAAGAACUAUUUCAACUUGAGCACAUCGUGUCUCUUGUGUAGCGUUUUUGUACUCCUGUGUGGUAGCUGAAGCGUGGUACAGGUAGGCUUAAGGUUUUAAUCAACCAGGUUAAUUUGCUUUAUUCAGUCCAUCAGCUCCAAAAAAGCUUUGUGGAUGCUGGUAGGUGUUUCCAAGAGCAGAGCUGAAGCCCCUCCAGCAUCCAGCUUGACUGAAUUGGUCCAUUUUACAUGGUUCACACGUGGGUUAAUACUUUUUGUAUAUGAAAAAGCAGAGCAUCUCAGACUUACUCCCUUGCUGCUGUACCACUGUAGUCAUUUUGUAUUUAUCGGUGAUACAACCCAAUAAACCUCGUUUCAGUGAG